AUGCCAUUAUUGGAGAACUUCACAUUGAAAACGCAGCCCUUCAACAAUGUUAAGGUGGUUUUCGAGUCAGCAUCCCCGUCAGCUGUAGAUCUGUUGAACGCCUUGUUCAUGUAUGAUCCCAAGAAAAGAAUUAGCGCUGCUGACGCUCUAGCACAUCCAUUCUUUACGGUGAGCUCUUGA